AUGAUCGCUCGCUCUGCUGCCCUCAUCAGCGGGGUGUGCGAGCGCAAGGACCCUUUGAGGCCCCUGGUCAUCACGCAGUAUUAUGAGAAGGGGUCAGUGCUCCAGAUGCUGGCAAGGGCCAAAUCCUGGCUGGACCUGGCCCCGCCCGCCCGCAAGGAGGAGGCCCUGAGGGAGCUUCAUCACCUCAGCUGGGCGGGGCGCCUCAAGAUGCUGCACGAUGUGGCGGCCGCCAUGAUGCACGUCCACUCCCAGGGGGUGCUUCACGGUGACCUGCGCUCCCCCAACCUGUUUGUGGACAGCCACGGGAAGCUGGUGGUCGCAGACUUUGGCUUCGGCGAGAUCCUGCCGAAGGACGUUAAGGACGUGUCACCAAAGAGGACGACCAACCCGCGCUGGGUCGCGCCAGAGGCGCUCCAUCCCAAGCACCCCCGCAUCUCAAAGGCGUCUGACGUGUACAGCUUUGCGAUCAUCAUGUACGAGAUGCUGACGUGGUCCAUGCCCUACCACAACAUCGCCACAGCCACGCUGAUCGUUACUAAGCAGAUGAAGGACCUGGGCGGCGUCAGAGUGACCCCUGAGGUACCGCAGCUGCCGCCCGACGAGCAGCUUCCCCUGGCUCCCUGCGGUCCCCACCUGGAGCAGUACAAGCAGCUCAUGACGGCCUGCUGGGACCCAGACCCAUCCAAGAGGCCCACGUUUAGGCGGGUGACCGCCCUGCUGGAGAAGCAGCAACAGGCCGUGGCGGAGACGGAGCCUGCGCGCGUGGUGCGACCGCUCUUCGGCGGCUGGACGCCGUUUUUGGCGGAUGUGACGGGGCAGGUGGUUGCUGCGAUCCAUGAGGAAAAUGGGGGCGGCGCCCCCACAGCCGCGCGUCCCAGCGGACCAGAGGCCGCUGCCGCCGCGCCUACGGGAGUGACAGCGGCAACGGUUGCAGCGGCGGCAGCGGCGGUGUCGGAGGUUCCAGGUGCGGGGGACGAGCUAGGAGAAGCCGUGAGCGCGCCCGGCGGCCCCUUCGCGCGGGCGCACCUGUGCGGCUCCUUUUCAUCUGCCGCUGCAAAGCUCGUGGAAGCGGCGGCGCUCCCGGUGGCGCCCGCGCACGAGCCGGUCGACGCGGCGACAGCCCUGGCAUUCACGGGCGCAUCUGACUCGGGCCCGUUUGCGGCGCUCGUCGCCGACUUCGGCGUCGCGUGUCUGGAUAGUGAGGAUACAAGCCAGCCGCGCUGCGCCGCCCCCAGCUCCAUGGAUGGCGGCGACUUCAACCCGUUUGCGGCCAUGCAGCUGGGCUGCAUCCUUGGCAGCGACCCCAGCGGGCCGCAUUCGCCGCCAGGGGCGAUCGACAGGGGCUUGGCCGCGAGCUCCAGCGGCGAAGCGGUCAACCCCGUGAAGGCAGCUGCAGCGCGGGCAGCGGCCGCCGCUGCGCCGCGCCCACCUUUUGCUGAGUGCGAGAGCGCCGCCGCGCUCACCCUGGCAGGGCAGCGGCCCCACCCCGAGGCAGCCCGCAGCGCAGCCACUGCGGCGUCGGUGGCGGUGGCGGCGGUGGAAGAGGAGGCGUCAGAGACUCCAAUGUCGACGAUGGCGCAGAGCAUCGGCUGGCGCCAUGACAGGGCGCAGGAGGAGCUCGAGGUCCUGCUGCGCCGCUUGAACCCCAGCGCUGCCCAGACCCAGCCGCCGCCCGCCGCCGGCGCUGCGGGCACCGGCGGCGCGGCGGCGUGCCCGCCGCUGCCGGAAGGGGAGCUGCCGCACUGGCCUGAGCCCAACUCUGGCGGCUCAAGGCCGUUGACGGGGUCGCCGUCGUCUGCGCCGUCACCGCAGGUGGUCUGGUCCCGCGGCGUGUGCCAGCGGCCCCCCCUGGUGGUGACUGAGUACUUCAGCAACGGGUCCCUCUACACGCUGCUGCAGAAGGCCCACAUGCAGCUGAUAUCAAAGAACUCCAGCCAGAAGCACGUGAAGUGGCUGUCGUGGAGGUGGCGUCUGGAGAUGCUGCACCAAGUGGCGGGCGGCAUGAUGUGA